AUGGCUAUAGCCAUUACACAACAUUUGAUGAGAGCAGAUCAAGGCAAUAAUGCCAACCAAGGUAAUAGUGGCAACCAAGGUAAUAAUGGCAACCAAGGUAAUAAUACCAAUCAGGGUAAUAAUGCUAACCAGGGAGGUGGAAAAGGUAAUGGAGGUAAUGGAGAUGCAUCGGUUAACAGGGGAACCAGGACAUAUGCUAGAGCACAUUCUUCUACUACGAGACCACUCAUGCCACAGUUUCCUCUAAGACAGAAUGACCAAAAUAAUGUCGGUCCUACACAACAAGAGAUUCAAGAUAUGAUUAUGGAUGAUUGGAGGAACUCUAGCCCUGAGUUACAGGUUGAGAUGAGAUUCAGGGAAUAUAUGGAUGUUAGACUCAAGAAUAUGCCCAUGAGAGGAAACCGACAACAUAAUUAUGAGAUGAGGAAGAAGUUGGGAAAGUUGUCUAUUCCAUACUAUGAUGGUACAGGGAAGGCUUCAGCACAGACAUGGGUUGAGAAAUUAGAUACUUAUUUCCAGCUUAAUCCCAUGCUUGGGGAGGAUGUGAUUAAGUAUAUUGCAUUGCACUUGGAUGGGAGUGCACACGAGUGGUGGCACCAUGGUAUGGUCACAUUGGGCCAUAACUAA